AAUAUGCUUCCGGGUGAUUAUUACAGUGUGAUGAAGAAGUAAAAUAAUAUCAUUUAGCUUAGGUUAUCUACCAUUUCUGGCUGCUGGAGAGAACUAGCUAACGAUAAACAGGUCGAACUCUUCUCCCAAAGAUGUCUCUUCAAGAGUCCCCUCGUCCUUCCGAUGAAGAGGAGGCUUUCUACAUGCAGUGCAGAGCUGCGUACCUCGCUGUGUUCAGAUCUAGUUUGACAAAUAUCGCUUCGAAACAGCAGUUAUGUCGCGUUCUCCAGCAAGCGGGAAGAAAUCCAUCCCAGGCCACUCUUAAUAAAUACUGGACCCCAAGAACGUCUAAAUUGAACUUUGAUGACUUCUGUGAGAUUCUCAAGUGUGAGAAGAAAACUGAGGAAACUGAGCUGAUGAGAGCUUUCAGAAAAAUGGAUGUGAACGGUGAUGGCUACAUUACACACAGUGAACUGGAGAAAGCCCUUACGACUAGAGGAGAAAAGAUGACCAGUGAAGAGGUGAAUACUAUUUUCUCAUUAGCUGACAUCAACAGGGAUGGCAAACUGGACUAUGCAGAAUUCUGCAGAUUGCUUGUGUCUAUGGCAGAACAAUGUCAGAAGGCUGCUUUGGAGAGGCUCGAGGCUGAUGCCAAGCUGAAGAGACAGAACUUUGGCAGUCAGUCAUACAACCCUCCGAAGAGCUCAGUGUCAUCAGCAUCAUCAGCAGCAGCACAAGUGGCAGCAAGUCACCCUCAGCCUCCAGACACAUCAGACGCAACACUCAAGAAAGACAGCCGAUCGUCCUCUCGUCCGUCCUCCGCUCGCAGCAGACGGUCGUCGCUGUCGAACUCAGUCAGUGUGACAUCCAGCAGCAUCAAGGCCAGCAAAAUACCAGAGCCUUCAGAUUUACAGGAGUGGCAUCACAGUUUUAUGAAAGGAUGUUUCUUCUUGGAGGAUGAUGGGAGUAUCAGUUCUCUGCAGUACCAGCUCCAUGUCCCCCAGACAACCAACGUCUACUUAACCAUCCAACCAGUCAGCCUCAGCCACAGACCUGACAAGGGUUCAUCCUGGAUGACAGUGGACACAGCUCUUUUUGUCAUGUCAGCUGGUGAAACCAAAGAAGACGCAACUUUAGUGUAUUUCACUGAGUCAAAAGACAAAGAGAAGUAUGUUUGGAAAGGAGAACUGAAUGCUGGGACCUACUACCUGCUUCCCUUCACCAGUGGCUGCAGACUAAAGAAAAGGAGCAAAAAGAACCUUUCUAAUAAACCUGUGGAGCUUGUCUACAGGACGGACACUGAGGAACUAGACCUCACCAGGGAGCUCAGGGAGGCGCUGUCUGGCAUCUUUGAGGUUAUAGACCUGGAUGGAAAUGGUUUGCUCAGUCUGGAAGAGUACAAUUUCUUUGAGCUGAGGACCAGUGGAGAGAAAUGUGACCAGGAUGCCUGGGCUGUCUGCAAAGAAAACUUUGAUAUGAGAAAGAACCAACUGACACGACAGGGCUUCAUGGAGCUGAACCUGAUGGAGGCCACAGAGAAAGAUGGCGACCCUGCAGACCUGUGGGUCAACCUAGAAGCCAUGGGCUACGACCACAUGCUAGAGCUAGUUGAGGCUUGUCCAUUCCAGAUAGAUGUACACUGUGAAGGCACUCAGCUGUCUAUACAGCCCCUCAGCAUGGAGUCAGGGCCCAAGCUUCUGAACCAGGCUCUCCAGAAGUCCAUCAUAGCCAGGACAGGGGCCAAAGCUCUGAGGGGACUAGACAAUGUUUUUGUCUACACCUAUCGAGGAGAGCACAGGGUCUCCUCCCUUAUAGCCAACAAGACCAACCAGAAAGUGACUGUGCACAUAAACAAUGAGCAGAGCAGGAACUGCAGUAGCAGUAGAGGCAUGAAUGUGUUUGCUGUAGAGGUACCAGGCCGGACCAAGAUGGUGUGCCAACAUGUGCUGCCAAUCAAUGACAAACAGGACUGGACCUACAACUGUGUGGAGACCAUACUAACCUGCACAUAAAGGUGUAUCCCUAUGAAAGAUUGAAAGCUCACCUGUGCUCAGUGACUCUAUGCAUCAGAGGUAUUGAACUCUGGUGGCAGAGGCAAAACACUAAUAAGGUACAGCUGAUAAUGGCUAUUACUGCUUUUGUUGUUCCUUUGUAUGUGUGACGUGUUUGGCUAAUGUAGAGAAUUUCAAAAUUUCCUUAACAUUUAUUAACAUUAUAAAUACAGAGAGAUUAAAUUGCCAACAUGGCACUUUAAUUCCUAAUUUAGCAUUUAAAAUAAAGGCUCUUGUCAUGCUGAAUUUAAUCAUUUUCAACCAAAAAAGCUUCUCGUAUGUCUGUUGCUGUGCUGUUACUUUAUUGUAUAGUGUACUGUAUAUUUAUUAAGAUUAUAAUAGAAAUUGGGCCUUGUCAGAGAUUUUCCAGGCAAUUUUAGAUUAGUUUGUACAUCACAACUUAGCUUCUGAGAAAACUUCCUAAAAUCACAGUUAAAUGUAACAUUAUGAUUUUUUAAGAUAAUUUUUCAUUUCGCAGUAUAGUCAUGAAACGCCAAAACAAAGGUGCGAACUUAUUAUUUUCUAGUGCUUUUAUAUAUAUUUACUUUGAAAGACAUUUAUUAUUUUAUCACUUUCCUCAUGUAGAUGUAAAUAAAA